AUGGCUGCUUGUGUUUUGUUCAAUGGUGAAGACGGAAGUGGAAGUGGUAAUAGUCCUUUAACAACAAGUGCCUCUAACUCCAACAGCAACAUGAGUGGUGAAGAACACCACACACUUCAACAACAACAACAACAACAUGGUAUGCCUCAGCAGCUCCGAAAAAUAGUGAGAAAGAGAAUGGCUUCUGAGAUGGAAGUAGUUCAUCCCACACCACCACCACCACCACCACAAUACAACUCUUCCUCCACCACAACCAUUGAUUAUCCUAGGUUUCCUCGCCGAAGCACCACCAACAUAACAGCAGAAAAAGGGGUCAAAACAACAACCUUAGCCGCAGGUAUUUGUAACUAUGAUUAUAAUAAUAAUAAUAAUAAUAGUAAUAGUAAUAAUAAUAACAGUAACACCAUCAAUAAUAAUAAUAAUAAUAAUAAUAAUACUUCAUCAAGAGAUAACGUUGGUGUUCCAAAUUACCCCACUGUGACGGUCACAACCAACUACUCCACUAUGCUUCUACCUUCUUCUUCUGCUUCUGCUAUCUCUAUACCUUCUGCUACUACCAUUCACCACCAUCAUUUUCAAGGACUUGAAAGCCAAGACCAGAACAACAACCCUGUACCUGCAGUGUGUGGAUUCUCUGGUUUGCCACUGUUUCCAUCUCAAAGCCAAAGAAAUAGAGACAACAACAACAAUAACAACAUCAGAAACAGUAGUAGCAGUACUAUAAGUGGUGGUAACAUUGUUGACGUGGUUGCUUCUUCUUCUCCUUCCAUGGAAGACAACUCAGGUAAUUGGAUUGAUGGUAUAUUGAAGGAUCUUAUCCACAGUUCAAACAGUGUUUCCAUUCCUCAGCUUAUCAACAACGUGAGGGAGAUUAUAUAUCCUUGCAACCCAAACCUUGCUAUGGUUCUUGAAUAUAGGCUUCGUCUUCUCACUGAGUCCACCACCUCACAAAACUCAAAAAGGACCAAUGAAACUGUGCCUAAUCCUAUGUCCUCAGUGAAGCUCAUGAAUCAUGGCAUUGUUCCUCCCAAUUUGCAUUUCACAGAUUCAUCAGGUUCUGCUGUUAUGAAUCAACAUAUGUUGUCCAAUUGGGUUGUUCCUCCUCCUCCAAUCACCACUCACCACCACCAUGGCAACAACAACAAUAACCCUUCAGUUUCAUUGGUUACUUUACCUUCACCACCAUCAACACAACAGGGUUAUUCUCCACCACAAGAGAAGCAUCAGCAGCAAGAAAAUCAAAACCACCCUCAGAUUAAUCAAGAGGAAGAUCUCUCAGCAGCAGCAGCAGCAGCAGCAGCAGCAACAGCUAGCAGCACUGAAAUGGUGGUAACAAGAAAGAAGAAAGAGGAGAUGCAACAACAGAAGAAGAAAGAUGAAGAAGGGUUGCACCUCCUCACUUUGCUUCUUCAGUGUGCAGAAGCAGUUUCAGCUGAGAAUCUAGAAGAUGCAAACAAGAUGCUGUUAGAGAUUUCCCAACUCUCCACGCCAUUUGGUACAUCAGCACAACGUGUAGCAGCAUAUUUCUCUGAAGCCAUAUCAGCAAGACUAGUGAGUUCAUGCUUGGGAAUAUACGCAACACUUCCACAUACCCAUCAUAGCCACAAGGUAGCAUCAGCUUUCCAAGUCUUCAAUGGGAUUAGUCCUUUUGUGAAGUUCUCACAUUUCACAGCAAACCAAGCAAUUCAAGAAGCAUUUGAUAGGGAAGAGAGGGUGCACAUCAUAGAUCUGGAUAUAAUGCAAGGUUUGCAAUGGCCUGGUCUCUUUCACAUUCUGGCUUCAAGACCUGGUGGACCCCCUUAUGUGAAGCUCACUGGACUUGGUACCUCCAUGGAAGCACUUGAAGCUACGGGUAAGCGUUUAUCUGAUUUUGCAAAUAAACUUGGCCUUCCCUUUGAGUUCUUUCCCGUUGCUGAAAAAGUUGGGAACCUUGACCCUGAGAGGCUCAAUGUUAGCAAGACUGAAGCUGUUGCUGUUCAUUGGUUGCAACAUUCCCUCUACGAUGUCACUGGUUCAGACACAAACACUUUGUGGCUCUUGCAGAGACUGGCUCCUAAAGUGGUGACAGUGGUAGAGCAAGACCUGAGCAAUGCUGGUUCUUUCUUAGGAAGGUUUGUGGAAGCCAUACACUACUAUUCAGCACUUUUUGAUUCCCUUGGUUCAAGCUAUGGGGAAGAAAGUGAGGAGAGACAUGUGGUGGAACAGCAACUACUUUCUAGGGAGAUUCGUAAUGUUCUUGCAGUUGGAGGGCCAUCAAGGACUGGAGAACUCAAGUUCCAUAACUGGAGGGAAAAACUUCAACAGUGUGGUUUUAGAGGUAUCUCACUGGCUGGUAAUGCUGCUACACAAGCUAGUUUACUCCUUGGGAUGUUCCCUUCUGAAGGGUAUACCUUAGUGGAGGACAAUGGUAUCCUUAAACUUGGUUGGAAAGACCUUUGCUUGCUUACUGCUUCAGCUUGGAGACCUCCCUUUCAUAGUAGCUCAUCCAUUAACUAA